AUGCUUGGAAAUGUAGCUGAGACGAAAAAGGUGCACGCAGAUUCGUCGACGUUCACGCAGGGCUUGUCCAAACAGGAAGUCUAUGCGCAGAUAAGAGAGCAAGCGGAGGGGCUGUUCUUCGAACAGAGAAACUGGGUUUGCAACCUGGCGAAUACAGCAUCACUUCUCUGGCAUGGCCUCCGCUCACUCCCCCCUCCGUCGAGUAGUGUCAACUGGGCCGGCUUCUACGUUUUAGACGCAUCCAAACCGAACCAGCUCAUCCUGGGACCGUUCCAAGGCCAAGUAGCAUGCCAGACGAUUGCAUUUGGGAGGGGCGUGUGUGGUGCCGCUGCGCAGACUGGCGCCACACAGCUCGUCGAGGAUGUCGACAAGUUUCCGGGCCAUAUCGCCUGUGACGCAGCUAGUAAGAGUGAGAUAGUCGUACCGAUUGUGCAGAAUGGGAGGGUCGUUGCAAUCAUCGACAUUGACUGUGCCGAGCUAAAUGGCUUCGACGAAGAAGAUAAAACAGGAUUGGAGGAGCUGGCCCAGCUCAUUGCCGAGUCUUCUGACUUCUGA